AGCGCCCCGAAAUCCAAGCCCGGCCCGAAGCCUGCUGGAAAGGCAAAGGCCAAAGCAAAGGGCACGCCGAAAGCAAAAGCAAAGGCCGAAGCAAAGGGCACCCCGAAAGCAAAGGCAAAGGCCAAAGCAAAGGCAACCCCGAAAGCAAAGGCAACAGGCAAAGCAAAGGCAGCGGCAAAAUCCAGGGCCAGAGCCAGGGAUGUUGAAGUGGAUCCAGCUGACGUUGAGUGGGUGCUAGACUAUGUGCACUCCUUCGAUGGUUACCUAGAUGUGUCCUCGAGCGUGGAAACCGUAAAGGAGCAGGUCCGCUACUAUGAGCCCACCUUUGAAACGACAGCUCUGGAUAUCUACUGGAGUCGCAGUGCCUGUGGCCUCACCUUGUAUCUCCCCGAUGGUGCAAAGAAGAGUGUUGCAAACUUCGACCUGCGUAAGCCCAAUCUUACUGUGCGCCAGCAGUUGAUUACGCUCGGCACUGCGCAGCUGUUGGCGCAUUGGAUUGACGGUGAGAACAUCCAGGAGCCUUGUGAUGAUCUCUCGCUUCGAGUCAGCGAGUUGAAGGCCGUGAUGUUUGCAGCCUCCGAUAGGCUGAAUGAGUGA